UGAACGGACAUGUUGCCCAAGAUCUUCUCUCUCUGGCUUUCUUUCGACACGAAACAGAUGCAUGUCCUGCGUUACGUCAGAAUAAGAGGGAUAGAAAGGAAAAGAAAGAAUCUUUUUUCAAGGGUCUACAAGGGAAUCGCAGCCUACGUUCGCGCGAAUCCAUCAAAGGAAAAGAAGGGGAAGAGGAAAUUGACGAGGAAGGUAUAUCGCGGGAUAGAAAGAAUUGCAACAUGUAAAAGAUUAGAAGAGGGAAGAGACCAGGAGAGGAAAAGGAAUAAACAGUUCGCUGAACGUCAGAUAUCCUGCGCCGAUCGUCGGCUGCAUGUCAAUGAGGAUCCGGAGGCCCGUUGGUAUCCCUCGGACCCGCUGAAAAUGGCGUCCAGCAAACCACCGGAGAUGAAUUACACGUGCGAGAUAUGUGGUCUGGAGGGCUUCAACGACGAGGAGAUGCGCUCGCAUAUGGUGCAGUAUCAUCUCCAAGGCGCUGCCAACUGUCCGUUCUGUGACUUAGGCGAGAUCUCGCCUACGGAGAUGCUGAUCCACGUCAACAGCGCUCACCUGGACUACCUGACCCCGAGCACUCCGGAGAACGAUAUGAUGGCAUUCAUCGAUGACGAUUCGCUGAUGGACGAGCACAACAGGCAAGAUGAAUGCCGGGCUCCCUCGCCGUCCAUGUCUCUGCGACCGCCUCAUCUGCAGAAUGGCUGGGGUAAUUCUCUGGGGCGUAUCAAGCAACAACAGCAAAUGUCGCCGAGGCAGCCGGAUGUUCAGAUGGCAAAUUCCAACGUGAAUAAUAAUAACAACAAUAACAACAGUAACAAUGCCAAUGCCGUGCUGGAAGGUGCAGCUGGUCAAGGUUCACCGCUGCGUUCAGGCCUAAAUCUACAACUGCGCUCGCACGCUUCCCCAAAACUUCCAGUGCAGGAGUGCCCAAUGUGCCCCUACAGUUCCGACAGUCCGCUGAGACUAGAAGAGCAUAUCAAUCGCCAACACUUUGAUCUCACCUCACCGUCCUUCCCACCAGAGUCGCCGCCGUCUCGGGAUGGAAUCUUUAACUGCCCGCUUUGCAUUACGUCUUUUCCAAAUUCUUCUGAUCUUGAGUUACAUGUUAAUAUCGAGCACAAAGAUAUACUUAGUCCUGCAAAUGGAACAACCUCACAAUCCGAUACAGCUACUAUCAGUAGUGAUUCAACACCUGCCUGUCCAGUAUGUCUUAGUACAUUAUUUAAAAAUAAUGACGACCUAAUGGCACACAUCGAUGAACACUUUAGUAAGAAGAGUACACCAUCGCCUGUGACACCAGAUGUGUCGACUGAUAGAAUGCUAGCGAAAGACAUGGAAAGAAGGGAAAAGGAAGUGAGAAAACUGCGCGAACAACGCGAGUUUGAGAUGCUGAGAGCGCAGUACGGCAUGGACAAUCAGGGUAACUUCAGAGAACAAAGUGUCACCAAUAUGCAGCGGGCUGUGUAUGCGGGCGAAAUGACGGUGGCCGAUUUCUUCGAGAGACAAAUCGAGCUCAGGGUCGCCGAGAGUAGUGGCAUCGACGAUGGCAGUUCUUGUACACGCGGGCUGGUCCCGAAAGUACGAGCCAUUAGUCAAGCCUGCAGUAAUGUAGUUAAUACCUGGAUGUGUUCCACUGUGGAUCAUUAUGCGUCGACUUACGGUGACAAGGGCUGGGGCUGCGGUUACAGAAAUAUGCAGAUGCUAAUCUCAUCUCUCUUGCAGCACACAGGGUAUAACGAGCUAGUUUACAAAGCGUGGAGCUCCGGCGCCGGCGGCAACAGCUCUACGGAAAAUCCUCUGCGCAGCUCUAUGCCAUCGAUUUCCAGAUUACAAAAGAUGAUCGAGUGGGCGUGGGCUCAGGGCUUCGAUAUACAGGGUGCUGAGCAACUCGGUGGUAAACUCGUUAACACUAGAAAGUGGAUUGGUGCGACGGAAGUAUUCACGCUGCUGUCUAGUUUGAGGAUAAAGUGUCAACUGGUAGAUUUUCAUAGACCUACUAGCGCGGAUGGCAGCCAUCCUGAAUUGUUCAAUUGGGUCCUACAGUAUUUUCAACGAUGCGAAGACUUUAAGCCACCUCUCUAUCUUCAACAUCAAGGGCAUAGUAGAACGAUAAUGGGUGUGGAACAAUUGAGAGACGGUUCAAUAACCAUGUUGGUCCUGGAUCCGAGUCACAGUCCAGCACAAAUGACACAUUUCAAUAGCACGAGUAGCGCGCCCGGCGCGAUGAGGCUCGUACGGAAGUCUACCGCGGCAAUGAAGGCUAGACAGUAUCAAGUUGUAGCUGUAAUCGGUACUAUGGAUACGGAAGCGCAGUACCAACAAAGUAAAGUACUACGAUCAAUGCGUGUUCCUCAAGACAGGUGAGAGUUGCUGGUUCGAGAAACGAUCGAGCCUCGGGUAAAGACUAUAGACUACUGCCUCAAAUCAAUCUUGUCUGACAUCCUUGAAGUUACGUGACCGCGAUGUCCUAUGUUCUUCUACCGCUAGCAGACUUAUUCCAUUGUAGUAGUUGCAGAUCGUAUUUAUUUAACAAUAUAUUCUUGCAUCUCUCUCUAACCGUUAAUAAUGGACUAAUUCCUUGAAUCGUUGUGCCCGCGUGAAGCCUGCAACACUACGAACAAUUUCACGGAGCUAGCAUCCAAAUAUCAAGAAAAGCUCUUUGCGAUGCGCCACUAUUCGAGCAUGUAAUUUUUCCCCAAAAAACGGAGAGAAAAUCCUUAUAUAUGUUUAAUAAAAAUUUGUCAUAUUACGCGCGUGUGAUAAUCUGCGAAGGAAAUUAUCAAAUUUGCGACGGCGAAAGAGAGGUUCGAGAUGAAUGAUAAGUGCUAAAUCGAUCGUCGUUUCUUGUCCAAAAAUGUUCUGCUCAAUUUUCGUCGCACCGAACAGGCUGUGCUAACCCUUAGUCGACCAAAUCGGUUGCACCAUCGAAAAAGUCGUGGCAGAGCUUAAAAAACGAGAUUUUCGUAGCUGUGAUGCUGUUAUGAAUACGACGCUGAUCAUUCAUAUACAUCUAACAAGGUACACUCUUGAAAACGCUCCAGAAUCAAUGCGGUGUUCCCAGCACUUGUCUCGUUCUACAUUCUACAAUUUAUGACAAAAAUUUCCAUCAAAGUGUUGUCGACUUUUAGUCAAUAGAAAAAGUGCCGAGAGAGCCGUAUAGUAUAUAUAUAUCUUGCGACAAGUUUUAUAUAACAAUACGAAAGAUAUUCUUUGACGCAUUUUGAUUGCUAAAACGCUUCUAUAAAAAAAUCUGGAGUGUCUGCAAAAGUGACUAAAUCGUGCAUUUCCAUAUAUUAUAUAAAUUAUAUACUAACAUACACAUACACAUUACACAUCUGCACAUUCUUCGUUAUAUCGUAUUUCACUUGCCCACACACAUAUAAAGUACAACUACUUUCAUAUUAAUUAUAAAUAUUCUAUUUAAUUAUCCAAUCGACUUUAGGCUACUUAUGUCUUAGCUCGUAAGUCUAAACGCAACGCUGUGAAUGAGAAGAUAGAUAAACAAAAAGUCCAUUUACUUGUUAUUUAUAUUAUACACUUGACGAUUUAUGUGACUUAGUAAAUUAUUAUUAUCAUUAUAUUAUUCUUAUCACAUUUCAUAAAUUGUACUGAUAUAUAUAUAUAUAUCUAAGAUCUAUUUAUUAUAGUUAAAAAAUAUAUAUUUGCGACCAUUUGAUGAGGACGUGAUGUUUACGUCGCGUCAUUGUUUUAUAGCUUCGAUAUUUAUGGUGCACCAGUUGAAUGUAAAUUUGUCUUUCAGCCCAGUAGGACCACAUUGCAAUAACAAUAUUGACUGACUCUAAAAACUGUCAAAAACGAUAAAUUAUUAUUAUUAUUAUACUGGAGUUCGUCAUAUAUCGAUUUAAGAAUCUGUUCAUUAUUUGGAGUGUUCAGGGAAAACCAAACUGUGGAAUUGUUAUGCAAGACUAAAACCUUCGCAUUAGCCACACAUUAAAUUAAAAUAUAUGCUUUGUUAGAAUUCCCAA